AUGCCACUGUAUCGGAAACACAAAAGCUCCGGUCGACCGAAGCUCCCCCGGACCAGCUACGAGGUGCUGAACAACAACGUCGACUAUGGGACGCGCCAGAUCGACCACUAUCCACGGCCGUACAGCUGCCAGGUAACACCGUACCGGGAGCUGGACUUUAGUGAACGGACAAAGCGUGCCGCCCAAGCCGUCGUUCCGUUCCUGCUCGGUCCGUGCAAGGCCAUCUUCAUCGGUGACGUAGCGACCGGGAAGACAUCGCUAGUUCACCGGUUCUGUCACGAAUCGUUCGAGGGCAACGAUUAUACCGCGACGAUCGGGCUCGACUUUGAGGUCGAACGGUUCCAGGUGCUCAACCAAGCGUACACUCUGCAGAUCUGGGAUACGGCUGGGCAUGAGCGGUUCAAGUGUAUCGCCCAGUCGUACUACCGCAAUGCCAGUGCCAUCGUGGUGGUGUUCGAUAUGACGCGGCCGGACUCACUACUCAACGGGAAACGAUGGUUAGAUGAGGCACUUCGGCUCAAUAGCCGCACCCCGGUACUCAAGUUCCUCGUCGGUACCAAGAAGGAUCUUCUGGACGAUCAAGCGCUCUGUGAUAUCGAGCUAGAGGCAAUCAAGAUGGCGUACGAGAUCAAUGCCGAGUACUGGCCGGUAUCGGCGCGGACUGGCGAGAACGUAACGAAGCUCUUCCGCCGUUUAACCGCGCUCGCCUUCGAUUACGGUGUGCAGCGAGCGAUGGAGACGAACGAAUCGCUACUUCAACCACCGGGCAACAGUUUAUUGAAUCUCUACUUCUUGCGGAAGGAGAAGAAGGAGAAGAAGUUUCUCAAAUGUUUCAACUGCACAAUAAAUUAA